AUGGAAAAUCAUUGCGACGCUGAAGCUUUCCCCUCCGAUUCGAAGUCUCCUUCGUCAUCUUCCGAUCAUAGGUUUGAGGUUAAUGAGAAUCACGAUACAGAGCCGAUUGAUGAUAAUGAUGAUGAUGAAAUCCCAUUUCAAAGUCUCUACAACGAUACGGAGCUCGUAGAUAACGAAGAAACACUUGACCUCGAAUUUGGCGGUUUUGAUCAAGUGGUGGAUGAUAGUGAGGAUGAAGGAGGAGGAAAAGUAUUUGUGCUGGAGAGAAGCCUCAAAGUUUCUGAUACACUUUUGGAGUCUGAUGGAGCUAAUGAUCAAGAAUGUCAGAUAGGAAAACAAGAAUCAAACUGUGAUGUCGUUACUACUGGUUUCCAAGGCUCUUCUUCGAGGAUUACUGCUGAUGAUGAUGAUAGUCAUGGUCAAGGGCUGGAUUAUUUGGAUUCUCAGGAACCGGGAGAUGCAACACAAGCGGAAGCGCUUGGUUUUGUGGACCAGUUUUUGAUGGAUAAAGAUCUGGAUUUCUCACCGGUGAGUCUCCCGGAAGCUAGUGUGAGAAGGAAGUCGCCUCCUUUCUCAGGUGCAAAAGGACGUCAGUCUCUGGCCAAAAGAAUCAAGACCAUGAGUCCAGUUAAGAAAAUGAGUGUCUUUGAUUGGGAUUGUGAAGAUCAGUGUGAUGUGAGUGGCCCUCAAAAAUCUCAAGUCAUUGGUGCAAAGAAAAGGGAAGAUCCUGUUAAAGAUGAUGAUCCGUGUGAGAAUAAAAAAGUCUCAACUCAUCCCACAAAAAGAUUUAGACAGGGCAAUUCUGCUGAGCAUAACAAGAUGGAACAAGCAUCAGGUUUGAGUCAGGGCAUUAUGUUAAUCUCGCAGAUAGAUGCUCAGUUGCAGGAUAAAGCGUCAAAGGAGCAUUCUGAACCUGAGGAAGAUUUUGUUGAUGUUGGUAUUAACACUCAGAUUGCUGCUGAAGCAAUGAGUGCUUUACUGUUUGCUCCCUGCACUAUAGAAGUAGCUAGUGAAUCAGAAAUGAGGGAUCAAGUCAGUAAUCUCUCUGGAAGGAAUGAUAAUACCAUUAAGGGUAGUGCUCCAAACAAGAAGAGAAACUCUAAGAAGAAGAGGAAAUUUACUUUGAAAGAAAAAACCGGUACAAACGCAUCUUCUAUAACAUGUCUUCUAAACUUAUGUGAAUGGAGGCAUCCCAGGGCCAAAAGAUCACGUCUUAUUCAAACGCAUCACGUUCCACCUAGGAAAUCUUGGGGUGCUAGCUCAGCUAAAGACAGAAGCGAAACCAACACUCUGUCAGGUAGGUUAGUAGUAUCAUUAAGUGGGACAAGACAAACGUCUUCUUGCCAAUCAGGUGUCAAUUUGGAUGUUGCAAACCAUGCAUCUCCAAUGAAAAUAUAUGGCAGAAGUCAUAGAAGCUCUUGUGAUAAAGAUUUGCCUAGGCCAUUUCUUCGGAAGGAGAUUAAAAGGCUUGGAGGAUCAGAAAAGGUAGGUGACUUCAUGUGGAAAGACUUGAGGAGGCGAAGAAACUUGGCACAUGUUCGAGUCUUAUUCAGCAAUAACUUGGAUGAUGAAACAAUCAAGCAGCAGAUAAAGAUUAUGGUCCGACUGGGAAUUUCUCCGGCAGCUUCCUCGGCCGAAUCAACACACUUCAUAGCUGAAAGGUUUUCUCGGACAAGGAAUAUGUUGGAAGCCAUAGCCCUUGGUAAACCUGUUGUAACACCUCUAUGGCUGGAGAGCUGUGGACAAACAAGAUGCUUGUUAGAUGAGAAGAAUUACAUCUUAAGGGAUAGCAAAACGGAGAAAGACGGGUUCUGUUUGCUAACAUCCUUGGCCCGUGCAAAGCAGCGUCCCCUACUUAAGGGAUUAAAAGUCUGCAUCACUCCCAACAUUAAACCGGACAGAGGUAUGAUUGUUCAGUUAGUGAAGUUGACUCAAGGGAAGGUAGUCGAGAUAAGUGAAAUAAUUGCUAGAGAAAUUCCAGAUGAUCUACUGAUUCUUUCUUGCGAAGAAGAUAGAGAUUUAUGCCUCCCUUUCAUUAAGCAAGGAGCUGAUAUUUACACCUCAGAGCUUUUGCUGAAUGGAAUCGUGAUUCAGAAACUGGAUUAUGCCAGGCAUUGUAUCUUUUAAAAGGAACCAAAG